CGUGGCUUGAGGGGAGGGGCGUGGCUUGAGCGAGGUUGCUUUCCACAGCCGGCUCCAUCGCCCUGCUUUCGGUGUCUUGGCGCGUCCUUCGAGACAGGCAGCCAUGCAGAAGGUGGCCGUCGUCACUGGGGCGAGCAGUGGGAUUGGUUUUGCACUGUGUACGCGCCUCCUCCAAGAAGAUGCCAGCCUCCAUAUAUGCUUAGCUUGCAGGAACAUGGAGAAGGCCAAUGCAACUCGUAACAAACUGUUGUCCAACUUCUCCAAAGUAGACAUCAGCAUUGUUCAAGUAGAUGUGGGCAAGCUGGACUCUGUCCUGCACGCAGCAAAAGAGAUCAAGUUAAGAUUUCAACGUUUGGAUUAUCUUUUCUUGAAUGCCGGGAUCAUGGUAAAUCCACGUGUCAGUUUCUGGGCAUUUUUACAAGGCAUCUUCUCCAGGAAAGCUCUCACGAUGCUGACCACAGCUGAGGGCCUGAUGAGCCAGGAUGACAGGGUCACUCCAGAUGGCCUACAAGAGGUCUUUGCAACAAAUUUAUUUGGACAUUUUGUACUGAUUAGACAGCUGGAACCUCUGCUUUGUUGUAUGGAAGCACCCUCCCAGCUUGUCUGGACUUCCUCAGUCAAUGCCCAUAAGAGAAACUUCAGUCUUGAUGACUUCCAACACAGUAAAGGCACAGAGGCCUACAGUUCCUCUAAAUAUGCUACAGACCUCACAAGUGUGGCUUUAAAUAAGCACUUCAACAUGCGGAGCUUGUAUUCUACUGUCGUAUGUCCAGGUGUCGUGAUGACCAACAUGACGUAUGAAAUUCUGUCGCCCUUUCUUUGGAAGCUGCUUUUCCCCAUCCUAUGGUUGUUGCGUCUUUUUACUCCCACAUAUACACUGACCCCAUAUAACGGAGCAGAAGCACAGAUUUGGUUAACGAAGCAGAAGCCCGAGGCACUGAACCCACUGGUGAAAUACCAUAGCUGCACCACAGUUUUUGGAAAGAACUAUGUCGCGCUCCGUAAGAUGGACGUCAGUGAAGAUAUGGCUGAUAAGCUGUAUGUGAAGUUGUUGCACUUAGAGAAACAAGUUUUAGGGAAUCACAACCCCUGCAGCAUAAAAAAAGUAGCCAGCAGACCUGAAUCUGAUGGCAAAAUUGUGUAGCAUAGGGUUUCUUCCACUGGAAGCAGUGUAGGCCCUAACACCUACCCCCUUGUUUACCUUGGCAAAGCAGGCCUCUCUGCUGCAGAUGUGUUGCUGGAUUAUGAUGGAGUGCUGAAGAAAACCAAAAAAUGCCUUAUUACUGAGUUUCUGCUUGCCGUAGUGCGGCACUCCCUUAUUGUGGUUUUUAUACAUUAAUUAUUACUGUUUUUAAUUGAUUGUAAUGUUUCUCCUUCAUUCUAAUGGGUCUCCUGAAUUCUGUGAGUGCUUUAGAAGGGGACAUUUACCUCAGAUAAUAAAGAAUUUGGAGCCCA